UCGGAGCUUUCCACCGCUCAAAAGCAUGCAAAUUCUAAGGCUCAGUAUUCCAAAAAGGCUCUACAGUUACACUCACCCUAUAGUGGCUGGUAACUUAGCACAGAAGAAGUUAACAGAGAGGACUGACCAGGGAGACUAAUAAGGAUCUACAUGAAUCAAUUAAUUAAUCAAAAAUAAAGUGGAAAGGCCAACACAUCCCAAAUUGCUUCGGACGGGUCGCGUCGGGUUGAACACUUUGCAAUACCGGAUUGUAAACGCCGACAGUCUAAUACUAAAAGAAGAGGUGACAAAAGUAAACGUUAUUUACACCAGUAUGCCUAGCCUAUUCUCUAAAGAAGAUGCUGUAAAAUUUAAAUAAACGGUUUGAGGGGACUUUUGAUGCCUCGCAUCCUUACGUCUCCACAUGGAUCAAUCUCUCUAACCCAAGCAUCAUUUGGAUUAGCCACAGUCUUUCUCACUCUGCACAACGGAUACAACGGACAGAAAAUGCUACCCCGCAUCCUUUUCCUUUGCUCAUGUUUCUCUGCUGCUUGUUUCCAAGACAUCCGCCCCUCCAAGGUAUUUCUGAGUGAAUCCUGUGACUCAUUGUGUACUUGUGAAGAAAAAGAUGGCAUCCUGUAUCUUAACUGUGAGGAGAGAAAUAUCAGCAAGAUCUCCCAAAUCAAAGUGCCGUCAGCUCUACCUUUCCACCUCAAUCUGUACAAAAACGACUUGGUGGAGUUGAAUGCAGGAGACUUGGAAGGUUUAAAGAAUGCCGUUUCACUUCAUCUCGGGGCUAAUAGCAUACAAGAGCUUGAACCUGGCGUCUUUAGUGCACUGGGCUCCUUGAAGAAGCUCCACAUCAACAGUAAUUUCCUGGUCACGUUGAAGGAAGACACUUUUCACGGCUUGGUAAAUUUGGAGUUUCUCCAGGCGGACACAAACUUCAUCCGUGUUGUCGAGCCGGGGGCAUUCAGCAAACUCAUCCGCCUCAAAGUUCUGAUCCUCAACGACAACGCCAUCGGGUUUCUUCCCAGCAAUAUUUUCCGGUUUGUUCCGCUCACCCACUUGGACCUGCGGGGGAACCAGUUACAAACCCUGCCUUACGUUGGCUUCCUGGAGCACAUUGGGCGGAUCAUGGAGCUUCUUCUGGAGGACAACGACUGGAUGUGCGAUUGUGAGAUCCUUCACCUGAAGAUCUGGAUGGAGAACAUGCGGGCCCAGUCGGCCAUUGGGGAGGUGGUCUGCAGCAGCCCCCACCACCUCAGGGGCACCAUCCUGGCCAAAAUCAAACGGGAUGUUCUCUGCCCCUCUCACGCUGAUAUCAACUUAGAGGAGCCUUCCAAAUCACUGGACAUGGUGGUCACUCCGUCUUCCAAAGUGGCAGAGAUUCCAAAGUUAGAGGAUGUCGUAAAGAUUCCGACACCUUCUUAUGUUCCAGGGAGUCCUUGUGUGGAGCACUGUUCUUGUCACAAUCACCCUGUGGCUGGUUUUUUAAUGCAUUGUCAGGAUAGAGGGAUUCAACGGAUUUCAGAUAUUGGAAUACAUGAGCAAAGCCCUACCAAGCUGGUGCUCACAGGAAACAUGAUUCAGAGACUGUUGAAAUAUGACUUUGUCACAUAUGACAGUUUAGAGUUAUUGAAUUUAGCCAACAAUCGAAUUGAUUACAUUGACAAUGAAACUUUUCUCAGCUUAAGCAAUUUGAAAAAACUUUAUCUCAACGGCAACAGAAUUGAAACUCUUUCCGCGACUAUGUUCGUUGGACUUCACAACCUUGAAUACCUAUAUUUGGAAUAUAACAUUAUCAAAGAAAUUGUUCCAGGAGCUUUUAAUCCUUUGCCAAAUCUCAAACUCUUGUCUUUGAAUAACAAUCUGCUGACUAGUCUCCCAUUGCAGAUAUUUCGCAACGUUCCCCUCACCAAACUGAACCUGAGGAAAAAUCUGCUCAUGCACCUGCCUGUAAGCAACGUGCUGGACCAGCUUGACUCUUUAGAGCAGAUUUAUUUAGAGGACAACCCCUGGGACUGCAGCUGUGACUUAAUCAGUCUCAAACAGUGGGUUGAGAAGCUGAGGAAGGACACAGUCGUAGGUUCCAUUUUGUGUCACACACCGAGAAAAGUGGAGAAGGCUGAGCUGAGGGCCCUUAGAAACGAGUUGCUGUGCCGCGGCCUAGUGACCUUCUCCUUUCCCACGGAUGAGGACGAGACAACCACAGUGGCGACUGACGGCUCUAGGAGCGGUUUCUUCAGCUCAAUCAUGGACUCAGUUCCGCUCUCCGUUCUGAUCCUUAGCUUGCUCGUCAUCUUCCUCAUGGUCAUCUUCUGUUCAGCAGGGAUUGUGGCAUUCCUCGUGCACAGACGGCGAAGGAGGGUGAAGAAGAAACAGGCGGAGGAGCAGCCGCGGGAGAGCAGCAGCCCCAUCCACCUGCAAUACAGUAUGUACGGCCAGAAAACCACCCACCACACACUGGGGCAGAGGACCGGAAGCACCGUGUACGACGAGCGCUCACACAGCCCCAUCGUCCAGAUCUGCCGCAACCCCACCUACUGCACUCAGCAUAAAGAAUAUGAGUCCGACCUCAAUGAACUGGACGAACCAAAGCACAUCUGUCGUAGCAUCAUGGAGACAGAGAAUACCUCCCCUCUCACAGGCUCUAAUUUGAAGUUCAGAGCUGUGACGUCAGACUGCCCAACUGAGUUCGUAACACUCGGCGAUGCGAGCUCCCUCUAUAAAAACAUACUAGAGAGGGAGAGGGUUAGGGAGCUGCAGCAGCUCGGAAUUACUGAAUACCUCAGGAAAAACAUGUCCCAGCUACAACCAACGGUAGAGAUGCAGGUUCCAGGACACCACGAGGAACUGAAAUUAAUGGAGACUAUUAUGUUGUCGAGACCGAGGAAGGUCAUGGUGGAACAAACGAAAAAUGAGUACUUUGAACUCAAAGCUAACCUACACACCGAGCCAGAUUAUUUGGAGGUUCUGGAGCAUCAAACUGCAUUUAACUGAUAUAAAAAGACAAUUAAUGGUUUUAUAUUCAACUCCAUAAGUGCCUUGUCCAAAACUGCCAUCUUAUAUUUUCAGUCGAAGACUUACAUAUCCCACAGCGGUCUUGGACAUACAAGUCAUUUGUAGCACAGAAUGUAAUGUAUAUUUGGCAAUUCCUUUGUUUUAUUUUCCAAUACAGUGCCUUGCAAAAGUAUUCAUCCCCCUUGGUGUUUUUAUUAUAUUUUGUUGCAUUACAACCUGUAAUUUAAAUAGAUUUGAAUUUGGAUUUCAUGUAAUGGACAUACACAAAAUAGUCCAAAUUGGUGAAGUGAAUUUUUUUAAAGAACUUGUUUCAUAAAAUUCAAAAAAAGAGAGAACGGAAAAGUGGUGCGUGCACAUGAAUUCACUCCCUUUGCUAUGAAGCCCCUAAAUAAUAUCUGGUGCAGCCAAUUACUUUCAGAAGUCACAUAAUUAGUUAGAUUGCACACAGGUGGACUUUAUUUAAGUGUCACAUGAUCUCAGUGUAUAUACACUGGUUUAAGGGGAAACAUUUAAAUGUCUUGGAAUGGCCUAGUAAAG